CAGUCACGGAUCGACAAAAAUAUACUCUUUAAAAAAGAUAUAAAAUGACAGUUAAGUCUCAUUUUACUGAGUAUCAGAUCAUUGGAAGACGUCUUCCAAGUGAAAAAGAACCGGUACCAAAGUUAUAUCGUAUGAGAAUUUUUGCACCUAAUACAGUGGUUGCAAAAUCAAGAUUUUGGUAUUUUUUGAAAAAACUUCGAAAGAUCAAGAAGAGUGCAGGAGAAAUUGUAUCAUUGAAUGUGAUUUAUGAAAAACGGCCUUGUAAAGUAAAAAAUUAUGGGAUAUGGCUUCGAUUUGAUUCACGUUCUGGGACACAUAAUAUGUACAAGGAAUAUAGAGAAGUCUCUCGAACAGCGGCAGUACAUGCUCUUUAUCAAGAGAUGGCAUCACGUCAUCGCUUGCGUUUUCGAUCUAUUCAAAUUAUUCAAGUAGUAGAACUUAAAAAGACUAGUGAUGUAAAGCGGUUAUCUGUUCGUCAAUUUCUUGAUUCAAAAAUUAAAUUUCCAUUACCUCAUCGUUAUCCUAAAUCAUUUACUAAAAGAACAGUAUUUUUAGCUAAAAGACCGUCUACAAUCUAUUAAUUCAAAUAUAUAUGUAUUAAAAAUAAUAAUAUUAUUAUUAUUGAU